AUGGGGUCCAAAAGGCAAAUCCAUCAAGGCCCGGCCUCCACCAACACCAACACCAGCCUCUGCCACAGAUACCAUAGGGAUAAACUGUCUCAGGCAUCCUCUCGCAUUAUCUUGUGCCUGGCGGGGCUGCAGCCGAAGCCAGCAUCGCAAGGGGCCCCUGAUUACCUUGGAACGAGGAGGGAAACCGGCAUCUCUGCAUUCCGCAGCAAGCGAUACAGCCGCAACCGCCACAGCAGCAUUGUCCGCGAUAAUGUGCAGCAGGUCGCUGUGCGGUGCUGGCAAGCCAGGCUCUGUGUCAAUUCACCUUGCAGCAUCGACCACUUGUGCGAUACUCGUGCCAAAUUGCGCUGGGCUGGCCUCUUUCGUGAUGCCGGGUGCCUAGGGAGCCAUGCUCUUGCGGAAGACGUGUUGGCAGGUAUGCGGCCUGCUAUGGCUUCGAUUGCCUUCAUUGAGGGUGAAAGGCAAGGCAGCACGGCAUCUUCAUCCGCGGCGCUGGACUUGCCGGCAUCAACAUUCGGCAGCCCAGCAGCAGCCACCGGUGGUGCAAGCUCUCCACCAAUCACGCAGCCCUGUGGGCCCCCGGGCCAAGCCAUCACUUGCAAAUGCUUGGAGUUGGGGCUGUGUGGCAAUGUACCAUGCAGCAUGCCGGGGCUAUGCAGCACCCGAAUUAAGAUGCGCCAAGCUGGUCUGUACAGCGACCCUGUAACGGCUACUGCGGUAUUGGGCUGGAGACCCGGUGGUGCCCUGGCCGCCGCCAGCAGUGGUGACAACAGUAACGACAACAACACCGGCAUGCGCAAAACGUCGGAAGGCAGCGAGGCAUCAGGGAAGCUUGAAGACGUGCCCGUGCUCCCGUUAAUGCCGGAGUUCUGGUUCAAGGCGGCGUGGCUGGUAUGCGCUGAAGCACCCCAUGCAGCUUGGUGGUGUCCCUUGCUGGCGGGCAGCAGCUCGCUGAUUGAUGAAAAACAACCCACGAAAUUUGCUGUGGAAAGAAUUUCAAACCUUGACGUAAAGCAUCAGUUAGAAAUUGACCCUAAGAAACCGUUAAAAUUUAACCCCAAACGACGGUUGAAAGUCGAAUCCAAGCAAUCGUUGAAAGUUGGCCCACAAGCGGCUGGGGGGACGGCCGUUAACCACGUAACGGCAGCGGCGGAUCAGCCAACGGCUGUUUGCUUGGUUCGGACCGUGUCUAGCCAAACUGAUGGAGGAUCAGGCCUUUCCAGUGGCGAAACAGAACCCAAGCUGAACAGACAGCCGUCUGGGCUGGCAUGCGUCCCAAGGAUGGACAACGCCGCCAUGACCAGUGGUCGCAACGGCAGCGGGUCUGAUCUGGCGAUGUCUUCGGAGAGUUAUGAGUCGCAGAAGGCUGUUGGUGUAGCCGGAGGCAACCUGCGGGCGGUGAUGCCACCGCAACGGCCACGCUUGGUGAGCUCAGCGCUGGGAGCCACGGCAGCGGCCAAAGACGGUGUGGAUGGCGCCAAUUCGGUGGUCGUUAUUAUGGUUGUCACCGGCGUAAACGACCCCAGUGGCGGGGUUCCUAAGGAAGUUUUAGAGGAGGUGGAAGCAGCGGCAGCGGCGUUGGUGAGAGAUGGGGAUCCGCGAGAAGAGGUUGACGUGCGGGGUAGAAGGCCAGCACAGCAGCACACGAAGUCGUACAUGAGCUUUGCACGCUCUUUGCCGGACCUGAAGCUGGGGGAGCUACACAGUGCCGAUUCUAACGGCGGCGCGGACGUGUGGUGGGUGCAGUACAACGCCGCCUUUGCACCCAUUGCUGAGGCGUCUGGAAACCUCGGACCUUCCGGAACUUUGAGUAGUCCACGCUCCAAGGCAGGACCACGGGUUCCUUGCGGAGGUGGCGAGGACGGCGAGGAUGACGAGGAGCCUCUUCGACCCGUCAAGACCAUGCUCAUCCCGGCCCUGACGUGGGCACCCAUGCCAGAGCGCCCCGCCCUACCAAGCCGGCUGAGGCUGACAAAAACUUACUAA